AUGCUCAGAGGCUUGGCUAAAAGGACUGAACGUAUUCGACUAGUGGUACCCCUAAAAUCUCGAGCAUAUAAUGUUGGUGCAGGUACAAUACGAAACAGAACCUUUCCAAAAGCCGAUCAUAAUGAUGGUCUAUCCAUAAAAUUAGAGUACGAUCCCACUAAUAACAAGAAUAGCUUUGUUGAUUUAGGGAUCUUACCUUUCUUCCAACAAAAGCUCAAUAAUUUUCUAUUAAAAAGUAAUACGGUUGACAAUGUCCUCCCAACUAGAGAUCAAAGGUCGAUAUUGGCAACCUUGAACUCAAACCACAGUCUUAUAUUUAGGGGCUCAUCGGGUUCCGGAAAGUCUCUCUCCAUUAUGUUGUUUGCAUUACAAGUAGCUUUGUCGAAAAUCCCUCGAUUUGGUGCUCUAGAAAACCGGGCGACCUCAAUAGAUAGUGUUAUUGUGGUUGCUACAGAUGAAUUGAUAAAAAGAUACCAUUAUUAUGUUGAAAACUUAGCUUUAGGUCUUCCAGUGAAUUGCUGUCCUCAUAAAUUAAAGUAUCAAACUGAUAACGAUCAACAAAAUUACGAAGUUGUUCGGAGACCACUAUUAGUAGAAUUUGCAUUUUCAGAUGGAAAAUCACUCCAGAUCAGUUCUGGGCCCCAAUCUAACGAUAUACCCCCUCAAGUAUUAGUGACAACACCAGAUAGAUUAGAAAAGAUGAUUUUCGAGAACGAAAAGAGCUUUUCACAACAAUUUACUGAUUGUAAAUUCUUAGCUGUGGACGAUUUUGAUAUUCAAUUAAGCAGCUCACAAAUCCAUGCUUCCAAAACAAUCAGUGUUGUUGGCGAAAAGAAGAAGUACAUAACCAAGAUAGAACGAUGUACUAAGGAAAUCCAAAACUUACACUUUGAUACAUUUUCAGCGGAUCUACUUAAGAGAUUGAAAGAUACCGAGAGAAGAUUUUUCAAUGGAAAUUUUGAUCAAAAAAAAGCCAUAGAAGACAUAGCCGGAAAGAACAGUUCACCUAGCGGGAGUGGUUUCGAUCAUGCAAGCUUUGUGUAUCUGCAAGAAAAGUUGAACUCUCAACUCAUCGACCGUAAAGUAAUUCCACAGUAUAAGAAUAAAUCUAUAGAGGAAACCCCGAAUCUGUCUUUGUUGAAGCUCCUAGUUAAGGAAAAGAAAAAGCAUUUCUAUAAGCAAAUCCAGUUUUGUUUCAUAACUCAACCCGAACCACCCUACCAUCGAUUGGCUUAUCAACUAUCACUUCAAAAGCAUGAGUCCCCUAUAUAUGAGAGUAUUUACCGCCAGACUGAACAAAUUAGGUCCAAUGUCGACUCUAAAAUCCGUCGUGACCUAACUAAGUAUAUAAUUGAAAAAUCUACGAAUAAGAUAAAUGCUGACUAUCAGACAUCAAUCAUUGAAAAGAUGAUACGCUUCAAGGAUUCCCAGUGGUUAUUUUCAAACCAAGAAAGGAGGUUGUUAUCAAUUGGCUCUUACAACCUUAUGAGUAGUAUCAAAGGUGAUUUUGACCCUUCAAAAAUUGAAAAGAUAAAUCUUUCUUUUGUGGAAGCAUUAAUAGAUAAAAAUACAGUUGAUCUAGUGAACUUUGAUGUUACUAAAUUCUCACCAGAGAAAAUUGAUUCUUUGAACUUAAUGAAGAAAAUUGUGGAGGUGAACGGUCUAAAAAAUUUAGAGAAAAAGUCAUUGAAGACCAGGCUAUCGUAUUACAAACUGUUGCUUAAGGCAGGUGAUACGGGAAAGCUUGAAAGUAACUCACUAUCUCGAAUAAUCAGUAAAGGAAUAAAGGCAUUCAGACAAAACCAAAACAAUAAGCCUAUCUUGAUAGUCUUACCUCCAAGCUUUGAAUUGCUCGACUUGUGCAAGAGCCUUGAAGCUUCAACGAAAGAAAAGUUUUCAACUCUCUCAACAACGGAACUAGAAACAUUCUUUCAAAAACAGACAACUGGAGCAAAUCCUUGUAACAUUAUCAUACACCCACAUCAGCUUGUUGGACAGGACUUCAAAGACAUGUCGAACCUAUUCAUAACUGGAAUAGAAUGCUUAAUUCCACAGUUAGCAUUUGUUCCUAUUACCUCAAAAUCUAUCGACAAUAUAAUAAGCGAUGUUUCUGGUGUAAAGAAUCCUCAAAUGGACUUAUUCAACUUAUACAUCAACAAGGUCCUUUCAUUCUCAUCAGCAGAAACAAAGAAGAAUAUGGUGGUGUUUUUGAAUAAUUAUAAAAUAGCUGGCCAGACAAAUCCUAUGAUGAAAGAAGAUUUAGAAAAACUUACUCGUCUUAUGCUCUUUAAUGAUUUGAAUGAUAUUGUAAAUAUAAAACCCCUAUUGAGGCUUCCUAAAACUCAUUUUUUAAACUAUUAG